AGAACAACAACUAUCGACGCCGGUCAAAGCGAUAUACGGCGUCGUUGCCUAACCAGAGACCUUCGUUUCUCAACGGAAGGAGGAGGGAAGCUCCGUUUCUGUCAGAUCUUCCCUCUGUAACGCUUUCACUCUCUCGGAUCAAGUCACCGUUGAUUUAUCCUCUAUUGGAUUUGAUGUCUUUGAUACACCUGCUCUUGUUCGCGGGUUUGGCGAGCCUUGAAGCUGCGGCGUCGUUUUCCCCGGGAUCACGCUCGAUUCUCCGUGACAUCGGAAGCAACAUCGCCGGUCAGAAAGAUAAUGCUGUCGAAUUGAACGCUACCAAGUUUGAUUCAGUUUUCCAAGAUACCCCCGCCAAAUAUGCCGUUUUGGAGUUCUUCGCUCACUGGUGUCCUGCAUGUAGAAACUACAAGCCGCAUUAUGAAAAAGUAGCAAGGCUCUUCAAUGGAGCAGAGGCGAUACAUCCAGGCCUCGUUUUAAUGACCAGAGUUGAUUGUGCACUAAAGAUGAAUGUCAAGCUCUGUGACAAGUUCUCCAUCAAUCACUAUCCAAUGCUCUUUUGGGGUCCUCCGAGAAAGUUCAUUGGUGGCAGCUGGGAUCCUAAACAAGAGAAAAGUGAGAUAAUUGUAAUCGAUGAAUGGCGCACCGCUGAUCUUUUGCUGAACUGGAUCAACAAGAAGAUAGGCAGCUCUUACGGCUUGGAUGAUCAGAAAUUUGGAAAUGAGCAUCUCCUGCCAAAUCUAUCUGACCACGAACAGAUUUCUCAGGCCAUGUAUGACAUCGAGGAAGCAACUGAAGAAGCUUUUGAUAUCAUUUUGGCACAUAAGGCAAUCAAAUCAUCUGAAACCGGUGUUUCGUUUAUUAGGUUUCUGCAGCUUUUAGUGGCACAUCAUCCUUCAGAAAGGUGCCGUAAAGGAAGUGCUGAAAUUCUGGUGAAUUUUGAUGAUUUAUGCCCGUCAGGCGAAUGCUCUUAUGACCAGGAAUCUCGGGCGAAAGAUACCCUAAGAAGCUUCCAUAUUUGUGGAAAGGAUGUUCCGCGUGGAUAUUACAUGUUUUGCCGUGGCAGUAAGAACGAAACUAGGGGAUUCAGCUGCGGAUUAUGGGUUUUGAUGCAUUCACUUUCCGUGAGGAUUGAAGAUGGAGAAAGUCAGUUUGCAUUCACGGCCAUUUGUGAUUUCAUCAACAACUUCUUCAUGUGUGAUGAUUGUCGCCGCCAUUUUCACGACAUGUGCUUAAGCGUCAAAACUCCGUUUAAAAAGGCGAGAGAUAUCGUCUUGUGGCUGUGGAGCACACACAACAAGGUCAAUGAGAGACUCAAGAAGGACGAAGAUUCUCUUGGAACAGGAGACCCCAAGUUCCCAAAGAUGAUAUGGCCACCAAAGCAGCUUUGCCAGUCGUGUUAUCUUUCCAGCACCCAGAAAAACAUUGACUGGGAUCACGAUGAAGUCUACAAAUUCUUGAAGAAGUAUUACGGACAGAAACUGGUGUCCUCUUACAAGAAAAAUGGUGUCGGUGCGAGCAAGGAAGAGGUGGUUGCAGCUGCAGAGGAAAUGGCAGUACCCACCAAUGCUCUGGUUGUGCCGGUGGGAGCUGCAUUGGCUAUAGCACUUGCAAGCUGCGCAUUUGGGGCGCUCGCUUGUUACUGGAGGACACAGCAGAAGAACAGGAAGUAUUACCACAAUCCGCACUAUCUUAAGAGAUAUAAUAGUAACUAUAUGGUCAUGAACACGUUAAGUCACAAUGAAAGCGAAAGGGAAAAGGAGAGAUGAUAAUUUAAAGAAGUAAAGGCUCACAUAAUUUAAACUUUCAGGCAAAGGAACUGAGGUUGAGCUUUGUUUUUGUUGUAACUUGAGGUUGAGAUGACGAAGUGGCCUGCUUCAGGUCCUGUUCUGUCUUCUCCUCUUACAGAUUGUAUAGAUUCUUCUUUUCAAUUUUGGAAUAUACAAUACACCCUCUUAUAUCUAUAUGUCAAAACAGAAUAGCUGCUUUUUAAAAUUUAUUGAAUAUCCCGCCUAUUAAUAUU